AAAAAAAUAACUUCUAAAAUAUUUCUCAUCUAAACUCAGUCAUUUCAUCAAACACAUAGUGAGCACUACGACAUACACACAAAAAUGAGCAGAGAAGUGGAGCGCCGGAUCCUCCGUCAUCUCCAUGACCGGAGAACCCAAACCCGUCUUCUCGAAAUCCACGCCCAUUUCCUCCGCCACCAGCUCCACCAAUCAAAUCAAGUUCUCUCUCAUUUCGUCGCCGUUUGUCGGGCCAAUGGCAAAAUGCGGCACGCUGAGCUUGUAUUUCAGCAAACCCAGUUCCCUGAUCUUCUCCUUUUCAAUUCUAUGAUAAAGGGUUACUCUGUUUCUGGGCCAUUUGAGAAGUCUUUAUCUCUUUUUUCUCUAAUGAAAAAUAAUGGGGUUUUGCCCAAUGAAUAUACGUUUGCGCCUUUGAUUAAGUCUUGUUGUAAUAUCCGUGAUUCAAGGGGUGGGAAAUUUGUUCAUGGUGAGAUUAUGAAACUUGGGUUUGAGCGGCGUAAUGCUGUGAGGAUUGGGAUUGUUGAGUUUUAUGCGAAUUGUGAGAAGAUGGAGGAUGCAAAGAAGGUGUUCGAUGAAAUGCCGCAAAGGGAUGUGAUCAUUUGGAAUUUGAUGAUUCGUGGGUUUUGUAUGGUGGGGGAUAUUGAUAUGGGGUUGUUGUUGUUUAGGCAGAUGAGAGAACGGAGCAUUGUGUCGUGGAAUUCGAUGAUAUCUUCGUUGGCGAAGAGUGGGAGGGAUAAGGAGGCCUUGGGGGUGUUCAGGGAUAUGGAAAUUGACGGUUGUUUUGAGCCAGAUGAGGCUACUGUGGUUUCUGUUCUACCUGUAUGUGGCCGUUUGGGUGCUUUUGAUGUUGGGAAUAGGUUGCACUCAUAUGCUAAAUCGAGUGGACUCUUUCGAGAUUUCAUCACAGUGGGUAACUCGAUAGUGAGUUUCUAUUGCAAAUGUGGAGACUUAGAAACAGCUCAUCAGGUCUUCUGUGAAAUGCCUCGGAAAAAUGUGAUAUCCUGGAACACCCUAAUCUCAGGUCUUGCUUUUAAUGGGAAAGGCGAGCUUGGUGUUGAUUUGUUUGAAAAAAUGCUUAGUAAAGGGAUAAAGCCUAACGAUUCUAGUUAUGUAGGGGCUUUAACCUGUUGUGUCCAUGCAGGAUUGUUACAGAAAGGCCGGCACUUGUUCUCGUUGAUGACAGUCAAGCACAAAAUUCUGCCAAAGCUUGAGCAUUAUGGAUGUAUGGUAGACCUACUUGGUCGAAGUGGAUGUUUGUCGGAGGCAUAUGACUUGGUUAAAAACAUGCCGAUGAGGCCAAAUGCUGUGUUGUGGGGUGCCCUGCUCAGCGCUUCACGAAAUCAUGGUGAUGUUCAACUUGCAGAACAGGCUCUUAAAGAGCUUAUAAUUCUUGAGCCAUGGAAUUCUGGUAAUUAUGUAUUGUUAUCCAAUAUCUACGCAGAAGAAGGGAAAUGGGAUGAAGUUGAUAAAUUAAGAGUAUUAAUGAAAGAUAGUAGUGUCAGAAAGUCCAUUGGGCUCAGCUUGGUUGGAUAAUGGUUAAAACUUUAUACUCCGUAGCUCCUUUAGUUGUGUACUUGUGGAGCCUCAGCAGCAGCAAGCAUGCGAGGAACUAUGUUGACUAGAGCCUGAGAAGUGGCCUGGAGUGAACAUGUUGUAUUGUUGUAAGGAUAUUUAUUGGAAUGGUCAAUAAAAUUUGUGCGGCUAAUAGGCUUAUCACCUCAGGGGACAGGGGACCAAUGAUUGAUUCAGGGGACAGGCUAAUAGGCUUAUCACUUCUACUGGGCAUGGACACUUUGACUCUUCAAUUUAGAGAAUGUAACAAAGGAAGUUUCCUUGUCCCCUUGUUCAUAUUUUAGCUUUGGACACUCAUAAAUAUGUUCUAUAUAUUGAAGUUAAGAAAUUUUCAGAACAUACUCUUGGAUGCACGCUUGAGUCUUGACACUCAUAUCCUUUUCCAAGCAUCAUAGGUUAUAAGUAAAUGAAGACCAUUUUUGCCUUAAAAACAGCUGGACAGCUGGGGGAAGAUAAGAACUGAUGGCAUUUUAUGAUCCCAAUAUGAUAAAUAACAAGGCUUUACGGGAAAACUUGCACAUUUGUGAUAAGUAAGAUUUUACAAAAUAUGAUUUCAUAGAAUGAGUCAUCUUUUUGCUGUGCAUAGGAAGUCAUGGCUUUGCUCUUUCAAUCUUUUGGAGUUUCUUCAAACAUGUUUUGUGGGGUUUGAAGCAACUAGGGAGCAGAGUUGCUGCAUAGUACCCUUUUUUUUGGUGAUUCUAUUGUGUAUUCAUUAAAAAGGAAUUACACUAUCUAUUUUCCAGGAGCCACAUUUUCAUGCUUUGUGAGCUAAGACAUCUACUGCUUCAGGUGCUUUAUUAGUAUAAAGAUUUAGGAUCGUUUCAAAGGUCUUUUGUUUGGUGUUAACUUGGUAAAUAUUUAUCAUGAAUCAAAUUAAUCAUUGCUCAGCUACAUGUUGCUUAUCGUCUGUUAUAGAUACUUUUUCUUAGAAGCAUUUGGGGUUGAUAAGUCAAUUUACACAAUUCUCUUAUUAGUAGUUAUUACUGUAACUAAUAUAGUACAUUAUAAGCUGGACAUUGGAGUGUAUACAUUGGCGCUUCUCUUCUGUGGGUUUUAUAUACGUAUAUACUAAUUUUUCAUAAAGUUUUUAUUAAAUCAUAAACUGGCAAUAGGGCUUGAUGUUUAGUGCAUACAUAUCUGGCAAUAUUGGUGCUAUGCUGCUUCUCUCAUUCAGUGUUCUGUUGGUUUUAUAUACCUGUUUACAUAAUUCUCCUUGUGAUGUUAUAUCAUAAGCAGGAGGUAUGGCUUACUGUCAAGUGUGUACAUAUAUACUGAUGCCUCUUUCAUUUAAUUAGUUCCAAAUAAAUAGAAGCAAAUCUAUUUCGUUGCUUCAGUAUAAUAUUUUCUAAUAAAAAUUUGGCUUCCUGUCAAAUAGGACCUCACAGAACUCUGAUCAUGAGGAUUAGUGUUGAAGAAAGGAAAAUCAAGGUGAACAAGUUGUUUGGU